AUGGCGGUGGUGGCCGUCGCGUGGGCCUCCUCCACCGGCCUACGCGCGGCGGAGGCGACAAUCGAGAGCACGUGCGCGGCGGCCGCGGCGCGGGACCGGCGCGUGGACGCGCUGUUCUGCGCGCAGCAGUUUCUGACGUACCACGGCGCGGCGGAGGCGGACCUGUGGGGGCUGGCGCGGACGGCGGCGCUGAUCGGCGUCAGCCUCGGCGACGACGCCGUGUUCGACGUCCACGAGGGCACGAUCCCGGACCCGCCGGCCGGCGGCGCCAUGGGGAAGGCGGCCAUGGGCGAGUGCGCGCAGGCCUACGACGCCGUGGGCAUGGCCUUCGCCGAGGCCGCCGACGAGCUCGGCGCGCGGCUGUUCGAGCGCGCCCAGGAGAGGUUCGACCGCGUGGCUCCGCUCGUGCGCCGGUGUGACGCCGCGCUCGCGGUGGCCGGUGCCAGGACGCCGCCCGUGGUAGCGAGGUAUGGUGCCGACUGCCAGCAGAUGGCCGUCAUCGGUGCCGCCAUCACCAACCUCAUCAAGUGA